AUGAACAAAACACCUUACCAAAUGUUUUACGAGGAGUUCUAUGAAAAGUUUGUAUCCGGAUGGAAUUGUACAGAGUGCUACAGAAGAUAUAAAGAAUUUGCGAAGGAGAAUGAAUUCUUUGCAUGUAGUUCAAAUGUAUUUGGUGGCAAGAUGAGAGAAUUUGUGAAGAGAAGUAGAAAGCGAGACGGUUCUGCAAGAAGUUAUAUUUACGAAGCAAGUAUGAUAUUAGAAGGUCGUGGAAAGAAAGAAACAGUGAAUUAUGAGGAAGUGUUUGAAAAAUUCAUGGAGUACAUGGGAAGCAAUAUAACAUACAACAAAGACAUAUACAGUGAGUUUAAGUACUACUGUGAACAGCAUGAGAUUGAAGUAAUGAGUAAAGGAGACUUUGAAACGCUUAUGAAAGACAGUAAGGAGGUCGUUCAUGAGAACAGUGUUGAAAUAGUUCAUGAGAACAGUAAGGAGGUCGUUCAUGAGAACAGUGAUGAAAUAGUUCAUGAGAACAGUGAGGAGGUCAUACAUGAGAACAGUGAUGAAAUAGUUCAUGAGAACAGUGAGGAGGUCAUACAUGAAUGCAAUGAUGAAAUAGUUCAUGAGAACAGUGAGGAGGUCAUACAUGAGAACAGUGAUGAAAUAGUUCAUGAUGUCGUUCGUGAAGAAGCCAUUGCAACAAAGAAUAAUAUAAAGGAUUUCAUAGAACUUAACAAGGAGGAGUUUAAAGAAGGCUAUGAAGUGAAAAGAUGUGAAGAAGAUUUCUUGGCGUAUUUGAAGAAAAAGAGACUAAAGCCAAUGGCUCAAAAUAAGUUUCAAUCGAUGUUUGAAAAGAAACGUUUGAGCUAUGGUGGUGUAAGAAGCACAUAUUACUUUGUUAAGAAGUGA